AGUGUUUUCAUUAUUCUAUGACAGUGUGAUUUCAUAUAUAUAAAGGGUUCCUUAUGUUUAUGAAUAAUACAGAAACAUAAAUUUUAUUCUCUAGUUUCACAACAAUAUCCUUUUUAUUAACAAAAAAAAAAUACAUAUCCUUCAUAGAGUAAUACAUGAAACUAAACGUAUAAACAUCAUCCAUCGUGUUAUACCCUUUUAGAUAGGAAAAAGGCUUCGUCCCACAAUAAAAUACGUAUCAAGGUAAAGAAAAGUAAAAGUAUUUUUAAUAGGAUAGGGAGUUGUUUUACUGAAAGGAAAAGGAAAUCGUGUUUUGAAACUAUUAUAAAUAUAGGUCUAAGAAAUUUAAAAAUUAUUCAUUCAUAUAAUUAUUAUACACAUACUAAUUCUCAACGAUUCCACAUACGUUUCGCUUUAAACUCCAAUCAUGUCUCUCUUCACGUCUUUCUUAAGUUGCUUUGUUCCAAAAUCCAGCUCAAGGAUUAGUUCAAUCGAUGGUAGUAUCCCGAAAGGCUUGUCGUUGGAGAAGCCAAAAAGCAAAUCUGAAUCUCUUAGAGCUCCAAUCAUUGUAUCUUAUUUCCCCGUGCCCGUGGCUUCAAGGCUUUCGCGUUUGUAAGAACUAAGAAGUGUGGGAAGGUCAUUGGCAUAUUUGUUGUCAUGUGAGACUUUUUGUUUUGUUCCUUUUGUUCGGUUAUUUGCAAAUUGUAAUGGACCACCUACCUAGGUUUGAUAACAUCAUAUUUAGGUCUGGCAACAAAAUUAUAUGCUUUGUAUUCAAUCCAAAUAAAAAUUAAUAACGUUUAGAUAUUUUGUAUAAUUUAAUCAAUCUUAGGAGGAUCAAGAGUGUGAAUCCAGAGAUAUGUUUUCUAGAGGGGACUUUUAGAAUGGUCCUGGGCAUGAAUAGUGCUUAUACAGCAGUAUUAUGUUGUAGGAUAAGAUUUGCGCGUUGCUCAUAAUAAAUUUAUAUAAAAAUUAUUUAAAAAAUAUUAUACGGAAAAAUAAAUUUAUAUUCUUGAUUGAAUUAAUAUUUUGGUCUUUAAACAAUUUUUUUAACCUUUUGUUAAUUACAUAAUUUGUUUACCGAUGACCUGAUCCUAUUUAAAAAAAAAUUAGGUCAAAAAACC